GACAGAUACCAGCCAUCUCUUGAGUUUAUAACACGGAGGAUUAAAAAAGGAAAUAUGCAUCGUCAGCAAAUAUCCAUUCUUGGCUUUGCUUUUAUAGCAUGUCUUCAGCUCAGUUCAUGCAUGUCUAUUGAAGGCAGACAAAGUCUCAGACUAGAUCCAAGACUAAAGCGCGAUGUGACAUGGGACAAGCAAGUUGGCAAGGGAACAGUUUUCGGAACAUUAGGUGACAACGAUCAAGGACUUUACGGUAAAGGUGGUUACAAGCAAGAUAUUUUUAAUGAUGCUAGAGGAAAAUUGGAAGGGCAAGCGUAUGGAACUAGAGUCUUGGGACCCAAUGGUGACUCUAGUUCACUCGGUGGCAAACUAGAUUGGAAUAAUGUAAACAAGGAUGCCAGAGCUACUUUAGAACUAACUAAGCAGAUACAUGGACCUACUAAUCUGGACGCAUCAGCAUCUAAAGUGUGGAACUUUGACAAAAAUACUCGUCUAUCAGCUGGUGGUACUGUGACACAAGAACUUGGUCGCGGAAAGCCCGACUAUGGUGUCGGUGCUACUUUCCAACAUGACUGGUGAUUGUUUCCGAGAGAACUUAUAAUAAAUGAUGUAUUUGAAAAUACUUUUCGUUGUUUGCUUAAAUAAAUGCUUCU